AUGCCCCUUUUUGGCCCCAAAGCAGAGCUGGAUUUGGUGCAGAGCGCCGUCUUCACCGACCCGCAGGAUCACAGCCCCUGGGUUUACCUGCGCUGCCUGCUGGCCAGGGCCUCCCCCCCUCCCCGUGUCAUCGGGGUGCACGUGGACGUGGAGGACGGGGCCGUGAGCGUCACCUUCUCAAGGGCCGUCGGGACCCCCCCCCAGCUGACCCUACAGAGCCGACCUUUGACCCCAUGGAGCUCCGCCCAGUGCCGCGGCCGCCCCUCCCACACCUGGCUGUGCCCGCUGCCCGAAGACCUGGCCACGCCCACUGCGGAGCAGGAGCCAAUCAGAGCGGUGUGGAGCCACGGCUCCGCCCACGGGGAGGUGACGCUCUCGCCUAAAGGGGGAAAGGAGGCGUGGUGGGCGGAGUCUAUUGUGCCCCAGGAGCUCUUCUGGCCGGAAGUGGACGUGGCCGAACGGGCGGUGCUGGAGGAGCUGCUGGGCGCCUGCAGGGAGCUGCUGGAGUUGGAGCCGCACAGCCGCGGCUGCCUGCUGACCCUGCUGCUCCUGCUGGCUGCCACCGACCCUCUGGGCCACGAGGAGGAAAUGCGGCGCUGCCUGCGGGCCCUGCAGGAGGCGGACCCGCUGCGGAUUGGCUUCGUGGCAGACAUGGCGUCGAGGGCGGAGCUUGCGCUGGCGCUGCUGAGGGAGGGGGCGGAGCCUGAGGAGCUCCACCUACCGGAAAAGGGUCUGACAUCUCUGCCCCUAUUGGAGCGCCUGGGCUGCGUCACCCUGCUGGAUUUGAGGGGCAACGGCCUGCAGGGGCUGCCCCAAACUUUGGGGGCCAUGAGGAGGCUGCAGGUGCUGGACGUGUCGCGCAAUCAGAUCGCCACGCUGCAGGGAGUCCCGCCCCUUCCGCGGCUGCGGGAGCUGCGAUUGGACGGCAACCCCAUAAGCCACGCCCCCGCCCUGGCCCCAUUGGCUGCCUUCCCCCGCCUGUCUGUCCUGGGAUUGGCCGAGACGCCGUUGGCUACCGCCCCCGAUGCCUCCUCCCGAUUGGCUGAGCUCCUUCCCCGCGUCACCGUCCUCCUCUCUUGAUUGGCCCCCGGGAGGCGGGGCUUCAAUAAAGUGCUGUCACGUG